CUAUGGCCCCGUCCACACGAAGCCGAUUUCAUGGCGAAACCGCAAAGGUCUUGUACGGUUCGGCCUUCCGUCCACACGAAGCCGGCGAAUCCGCUGACCGAAACCGCAAACUUCUGAAACCACCCUCGGAGGUGGUUUCAAAUCUAUCCGGUUUCGUUUUGGUUUCGUGUGGACGCCUGAAACCGACUGAAACCGCAAACCAUGACAUCAUCGCCCCACCCCUCGACCUCCUAGCCAAUGGCUCUUAAGCCCGCGGAGUCUCAGAAAUCACAACAAAAAAUAUGAUGGCGGACUACAAGCUUGUAAUCGUUCUGCAGCAUAUCAUGUCCCUUGUUGGGUUGCUAAGCCAUUAUUUAUUGAGAAUCUAGUUCGCCAUCGUAGAAGAGCUGUUUGUUUGUGUUGUCAGUGGUUCGGGGGGCAGCCUUUAUGCGCAUGCUCGCCUCUUCUUCUUCUGGAUUUGUGUACCAGAAGCAGCGCCCCUUAUGGGCCUGGAAUGUUUACUACAGCGUUUCUACAGAUCUAUCCGGUUUCGCUUGGCUUCGUCUUUACGGAGAUACUUCGAAACCGGAUAGAUCGAAACCGUAACGGUUUCGCCCGUUUCGGCUUCGUGUGGACGGGGCCUAUGACGAGUCAAACUAAGAUGGUGACGCGCAUAAACAAUUGGAUACAGUUGGAUUAACUGAGGUCUGCCCGAAUGCUACAUCCAUUUUAUAUACUAUCGAUGGGUCAGACGCAACUUGCUGAAGUUCGCUUCAUUCCAGGUGACAGAGGACCACACGCCUUUCCUCUCCUUGGUAUACAGAACCAGGUUGUUGUCCACUUGCAGCAGAACUCUGAUUCCCCCAUCGUUAGUGUAGUCUAUAGAGUUAGCCACUCUAGAGGAAUUAUCAGGCAGGCUUAAAGAGUUCCCCAUUCAAAGCAGGAUGUUUAUUGCGGGGGAGGAGCCGCGGCGGCAGUCGUGAUCGUAAUUUCCGGUUUGUGCACUACGGAGUAUUCGAUUUGGAACAGCAGUUGACAUCUGAAAAUUAGCGCACUUAGUGAGUGUGGAUAGUGUAUUACGUUUAAGUGUACCCAUGGAAGCAUGGAUAUUGGAACACAGCACAUUGGUUUAGCGGAUGACGCGAAAAAACAAAGAUGGCUGCGCCCGUAGUGAAUAAGUUGAGAUGUAUUUUCUUUGCAUUAAUACCACGUUGGUCGUUUAAUGUAGAUUUUAAACGCUCUUAAACACAAAUACAUUUCUGAUUUAAUGGGGUCACCAAUUUAUGCAUUGGAUGGUAUUGUAGGACAUGUAAUUCAAUGUAAAUGUUUGAUUCAAGACGGUUUGCUAAAGAGGAUAAUGUAGCAAACAACAAGUGACUGCCUGCUCCUGCACUUCGUGGCACGGGAAAAACGUGACAGCACUUUAUGAUGUAGGCCUAGGCGAAAAUAGCAAAAUAUUAUUUAAAUGUAAACGGAGUUACUUGAAAUAUUAAGUCGAUACCUGAUGGAUGUUAAGGAAUUCUUUCCAAACCAUUUCAGGUUUUGUUGUUACCUUAUGCAAGUGGUAAUAAGCCUUAAAGGGCAACUUUCAAGUUAAUUGUAUAACUUAAUUCAUACAGAAUCGUGUAUGCAAAUGUCAAUUAAAAAAAUAAAUACACAGGAAUACAUUUAUCUUACAACACCCACGGAAGAAAGUGUACUUCUGAGCUAGGCUCCCAAAAACCGCCCCUUUUCUCGAGAUCGCGCCUAUGACGUAACGACAGGCCAACAUUGGCGCUGCUGCACCCAGUCGUCGGUUGGUUUAGUAGUCGAAGUGUUGCUCCAACUUGUCUGGCCAUCAGGUCCACCGAUUUCCAAACAAGAAAGACAACCAUUUCCGUGUUUGGAUACGUUUCGUCCAGGCAAAGAAGCAACUUCGCUGCCUCCUCGGUGACGAGACACACAGUGUUGUGUGAAAAACACUUCACACCGGACAGCUACAACCAAGGGGAUCUGAUGAAAUUGCGCCCUGGAUUUCGACGAAGAGAGUCGGUUAGGCUGUCAAAUGGAGCUGUUCCAUCUGUGCAUGCAGGUCUACCAGCAACAUCUGGCGGGACUGAGUCUAGCACUAGCAGAGAAUCCGCUCGCCGAAAACGGGAGCUUUGUACAAUUGUGGGGGAGAGUGCUGCCAGUAAUGAUGGGGCGGGUGCAACUUCCACUUCAGAGCCUGAAGAUGUUGGAGAUGGAGACGCCUCUACGAUGGACCCUGAGCCAGUGGUGGUCCAUCGUGGAUCUCAGUGCAACAUACGAUGUUUCCAUCGUUCAUUAGAAGACUGCGAUGACUUUGGAGACUGCAGCACACAACGCGACGCCACCUCAGAGAGUCUUUAUGCCCCUGGCUCCUCCCACAUGUCAAGUCACAGCGAGGAGCUGAGGAUCCUGAACGUCUAUGGAAAAGGGGAGGGCCCACUGGCACUGGACGGCCAUGACACACUCGUGUCUGAACUGGAGGCCCUGAACUCUCUGUCUGCAAACCACAGCGUGGUCAAGAGCCUGGAGCGCGCCAAACAACUGCCCCUCCGCGAGGUUGGAAAUCAUCUUCUCAUUCACCAUCUAAAAGAGAGGCUUCCUCUGCUACAACUCCACCACACACCCAUAGAAAGCACACACCUUUAUGAUUCAAUGUGUCGUUAGCGGGGAUUGACAACUAUUCUGUGCUAAUGAAAGAAUAUGUCUUGUGUGUGUUUCCUUCUUCAUGUGGAAAGCAGCAGACCCCAGACACCAUUUCAAUCAAGGAAGAAGAGGAUAUUGAUGGAGGCAUGUACGCUGGAGAAGACUGCGAUGACUUUGGAGACUGCAGCACACAACACGGCGCCACCUCAGAUAGUCUGCAUGUGGACGCUCCUGGCUCCUCCCACAUGUCAAGACACAACAGGGAGCUGCGGAUCCUGAACGUCUAUGGAAAAGGGGAGGGCCCGCUGACGCUGGACGGCAAUGACACACUCUUCACCGCGUCUAAACUGGAGACCUUGAACUCGCUGUCUGCAGACCACCGCGAGGAGCUGACGGUGCAGCAGCAGACCCCAGACACCAUUUCAAUCAAGGAAGAAGAGGAUAUUGAUUGGGGCAUGCACGCUGGAGAUGACUGCUAUGAUUUUGGAGACUGCAGCAUACAGCACAGCGCCGCAUUGGAUAGUCUGCAUGUGGACGCCCCUGGCUCCUCCCACAUGUCAAGUCACAAAGGGGAGCUGAGGAUCCUGAACGUCUAUGGAAAAGGGGAGGGCCCACUGGCGGUGGACAGUCAUGACACACUCGUGUCUGAACUGGAGGCGCUGAACUCGCUGUCUGCAGACCACAGCGUGGUCAAGAGCCUGGAGCGCGGCGAGAAGCUGGUCCGCAGCGAGGAGCUGACUGGGCAGCUGCAGACCCCAGACACCGUUUUAAUCAAGGAUGAAGAGGAUAUUGGUGGAGGCAUGCCUGCUGUAGGAGAAUACGAUGACUUUGGAAACCGCAGCACACAGCGCGGCGCCAGCUCAGAUAGUCUGCAUGUGGACGCCCCUGGCUCCUCCCACAUGUCCAGUCACAGCGAGGAGCUGAGGAUCCUGAGCAUCCACAGAAAAGGAGAGGGCCCACUGCCGCUGGACGGCAAUGGCACACUCUUCACCGUGUCUGAACUGGAGACGCUGAACUCGCUGUCUGCAGACCACAGCGUGGUCAAGAGCCUGGAGCGCGGCGAGCAGCUGGUCCGCAGCGAGGAGCUGACUGUGCAGCUGCAGACCCCAGACACCGUUUUAAUCAAGGAUGAAGAGGAUAUUGAUGGAGGCAUGCCCACUGCAGGAGAAUGCGAUGACUUUGGAGACCGCAGCACACAGCGCGGCGCCACCUCAGAUAGUCUGCAUGUGGACGCCCCUGGCUCCUCCCACCUGUCCAGUCAUAGCGAGGAGCUGAGGAUCCUGAGUGUCCACGGAAAAGGGGAGGGCCCACUGGCUCUGGACAGCAAUGACACACUGAGCCUGGAGCGCGGCGAGCAGCUGGUCCACCGUGAGGAGCUGACUGUGCAGCAGCAGAACCCAGACACAGUUUUAAUCAAGGAAGAAGAGGAUAUUGGUGGAGGCAUGCCCGCUGUAGGAGAAUGCGAUGACUUUGGAGACCGCAGCACACAGCGCGGCGCCACCUCAGAUAGUCUGCAUGUGGACGCCCCUGGCUCCUCCCACCUGUCCAGUCAUAGCGAGGAGCUGAGGAUCCUGAGCGUCCACGGAAAAGGGGAGGGCCCACUGGCGCUGGACAGCAAUGACACACUGAGCCUGGAGCGUGGCGAGCAGCUGGUCCACCGUGAGGAGCUGACUGUGCAGCAGCAGACCCCAGACACCGUUUUAAUCAAGGAUGAAGAGGUUAUUGAUGGAGGCAUGCCCACUGCAGAAGAUUGCGAUGACUUUGGAGACCACAGCACACAGCGCGGCGUCACCUCAGAUGGUCUGCAUGUGGACGCCCCUGGCUCCUCCCACAUGUCCAGUCACAGCGAGGAGCUGAGGAUCCUAAGCGUCCACGGAAAAGGGGAGGGCCCACUGGCGCUCUGCGGCCAUGACGCCCUCUUCACCGCGUCCAAACGGGACGCCAAGAACUCUCUGUCUGCAGACCACAGCGUGGUCAAGGGCCUGGAGCGCGGCGAGCAGCUGGUCCACUGCGAUGAGCUCACUGUGCAGCAGCAGAACCCAGACACCGUUUUAAUCAAGGAAGAAGAGGAUAUUGGUGGAGGCAUGCCCGCUGUAGAAGACUGCGAUGAGUUUGGAGACUGCAGCACACAACACGGCGCCACCUCAGAUAGUCUGCAUGUGGACGCUCCUGGCUUCUCCCACAUGUCGGGUCACAACGGGGAGCUGCGGAUCCUGAGCGUCCACGGAAAAGGGGAGGGCCCACUGGCGGUGGAUGUCCAUGACAACCUCUUCACCGUGUUCAAACUGGAGACUCUGAGCUCGCUGGCCGCGGAACACAGCGUGGGAAAGAGCCUGGAGCGCGGCGAGCAGCUGGUCCACCGUGAGGAGCUGACUGGGCAUCGGGUCGGCGACAAGGACCAGCCCGGUGUGUUGUCUGGAGAGGGUUUAUCCGACAAUACCAAUAUAACCAAUCACAUGCGUACCCACACCGGCGAGAAGCCGUACGAGUGCAACCAAUGCAAGAAGCGCUUCCAAAACAAAGGCACCCUGAAGGCCCACAUGAGGAUUCACUCCAGGCUGAAGCCCUACAGUUGUGAUCAAUGCGUGAAGCGCUUCUAUCAGAGCUCUCACCUGAAGAGCCACAUGACGACUCACACCGGGGAGAAGCCCUACAGUUGUGACCAAUGCGUGAAGCGCUUCAGGCAGACCUCCGACCUGAAGAUCCACAUGAGGACUCACACCGGCGAGAAGCCGUAUGGUUGCGACCAAUGCGGGGGGCGCUUUAGACGGAGCUCCGCCCUGAUUAUCCACAUGAGGAGUCACUCCGGUGAGAAGCCCUACAGGUGUGACCAAUGCGGGAGGCGCUAUAGACAGAGCUCCGCCCUGAUUAUCCACAUGAGGAGUCACUCGGGGGAGAAGCCCUACAGGUGUGACCAAUGCGUGAAGCGCUUCAGUCAGACCUCCGACCUGAAGAACCACAUGAGAACUCACUCCGGGGAAAAGCCCUACAGGUGUGACCAAUGUGUGAAGUGCUUCAGUAAGAGCUACAACCUGAAGAGACACAUGAGGACUCACUCUGAGGAGAAGCCCUACAGUUGUAACCAAUGUGUGAAGUGUUUCAGUCGGCGCUCCUCUCUGAAGAGCCACAUGAGGACUCACUCCAAGAAGAAGGCCUGCUUCAGCGACUCAAACCAAGAGCCAAUGGGGUGCUUUGAUUGACACCCCUGUCCUGUAUUUGUUGCAAUGACUGCUGUCAUUUAUUUGUUUGCUUUAAAAGACGCUUCCAACUCUUCAAACAUCUUCUGUUGUUAUUGUAGUAAAUAAAUGAUGCCUGUCUGAUGAAGAAUAAUCUAUUUUUUGGACACUACCGACAACCUAAUAUUAGAUUUAAAUGUAGAGCAGGAUCAUGGGAAGCGCUUCAGUCAGAGCCCCACCCUGAAGGUCCACAUGAGGACGCACGCCGGGGAGAAGCCCUGAAGGUGCUAAAUCAGCCUCAGCGACCCAAACAAAGAGUCAAUGGGGUGCUUGACACAGGGCAACGGGACACUCUGAUUGACAACUCUAUCCUGUAUUCGUUGAAACGACUGCUGUAGGUUUUUUGUUUGCUUUAUUAAAGACGCUUUCCAACUUUU